AUGGUCUCCAUUGUUGGAUUCGGGGGAUUAGGCAAGACUACACUUGCCCAAGCAGUAUUUGACAUACUUGAAAAGCAAUUUGAGUGUACUGCUUUUGUUCCAGUGGGCCGAGAAUCUGACAUCAAGAAAGUCUUGAAGAACAUCCUAAUUGGACUUGACAAGCACAAGUACAUGGGAUUUGACUCAGAAGCACUGAGUGAUUGGCAGCUCAUUAAUGAGCUCAGGGAAUAUAUUGACAAGAGGAGAUUACCUCAGUGGCCUUUUAAGUGCAUCCAAUUAGUUAUUGCCUGUGCAUGGGUGGGUUUACAUGGUUCCGAUGGAUUUUUCAACCCACCCGUGAAAGGAGUUGCUAGAUGGGUCAUGGGUGUGGAUCAGGAACAAGAACAAGCUACUUCUCAGAUCAAUCAUGAACCGAUUCCCAUGAAGAGCAUCGAAGGAGCUCCACCUUGCUGGUAUUUGAUUGUUAUUGAUGAUAUAUGGGAGACAUCAACAUGGAAGCUGAUUAAAUGUGCUUUGGUGGAUAGUAAUCUUGGAAGUAGAGUAAUCACAACUCGCAUUUCUGAUGUUGCCAAUGAAGUCGGUGAUGUUUAUGUCAUGGAUACACUUUCCGAUGACAACUCGAAAAGGUUAUUCUACACAAGAAUAUUUGAUGACCCACUUUCUCAAGGUGAUGAAUGCAAGGGUCAAGUAGACACUCAAUUGGGUGAAGCAAUGAAAAAGAUCCUAAAGAAAUGUGGUGGCGUACCAUUGUCUAUAAUUACAAUAGCUAGUUUGUUGGUUGACAAACCCAUUGAGGAUUGGUCCAUGGUGUACGACUCUAUUGGUUUUGGGCCUAAAGAUCAAACUGGAGCCGUUCAGAACACAAGGACUAUAUUGUCAUUUAGCUACUAUGAUCUACCUUUGUACCUAAAGACUUGUCUGCUGCGCCUAAGCAUAUUUCCAGAAGAUCACUGGAUUGAGAAGAAUUCUUUGAUAUGGAUGUGGGUAGCUGAAGGUUUUCUCAACGGGGAGCAAGGAAAGGAUGCAUUCGAGGUUGGCGAGAGAUACUUCACUGAACUGAUAAACAAAAGCAUGAUCCAGCCAAUGAAGGGUGAUGAGGACAAUGCUGUGGAUGGAUGCCGUGUCCAUGAUAUGGUGCUGGACCUCAUCCGCAGUUUGGCAACCGAACAAAAUUUUGUAAAACUUGUGCACUUCCAGACUCUAUGUGUGCUUGCACUGGAAGGCUGUGAUAUCACAGGAGGCUGGGCAGCUACGUCAGUUGAGAUUUGGGAACCUGACGUCCCUGCAAGAACUGGUGCUUGGAAAAGUGGUCAUGCCUCCAUGGUUCACUGCCGAGCUGGGAAAACUGACGAAGCUGAGGGUGCUCGUGAUUUCAUUUUUGGAGACUGGAGAGUACAUGGAAUCUCUGCUGGACUCUCUGCGUGGACUGCGCAGAAUCCAGAAUUUGACGUUCCGGUUCUGGCCAGAAGUCUUGGUGAGCUCCUGGGAUGGCUGGGUGGCACCACCGCAGCUCUCCCAGUUUGUGAUGGAAGCUGUGGAAGCGCGGAACUGGGAAGUCCUUGCAAAGAUGGCGGAGCUGGCGGAGCUCCCCGCUACCUCUGCAUACACAGCAUGGUGCAGUUGAGUUCAGCAGGGAGCAUCGAGAGCCUUGUUGAUGAUGGCCACAUCUGGAACAAGUACAGCCAGAAGGAGAUUCCUGGAGCCAAGUACCCACGGUUGUACUACCGGUGUAUGCACCACCAAUCCCAGGGAUGCAUGGCGACGAAGCAGAUGCAGCCCAGCGAUGGCGACCUGACACUCUUUGACGUCAUCUACCACAACACCCACACCUGCAUUCAGAGGACAGCGACAGCAAGGAUGGUAGGCCAGGUUUACGAAGCCACACACCUGACUUCAACUUCAAGCGAGCUCAGUGAUUAUGCGAACCAACCUAUCAGACAAGCGAAGAAAAGGAAGAUUAUGGAGAAGCAGACGCUUCAGGUGAGGGUGAGUACAACAGUCGACGGCUACAUCUGGAGAAAGUACGGCCAGAAGGAGAUCCAGGGAGCAAAGUACCCAAGGUUCUACUUUCAUUGCACCCAUCAGGGAUGCUCUGCGACUAAGAAGUUACAGCGCAGUGAUGAGGACCCGACGGUCUUCCUUGUCAACUAUCGGGGCACUCACACCUGCCUUCAGAGUGCCGCGGCCAUGCAUCAGUUGGAGCCCGACGUUGGGGCGAUCACCCCAACUACCAGUGAGCACUAG